AUGGACGAAGCAGCACCCUCCACCGCUGCCAUCGGUAGCAGCAACACCUCCAACCCGCCCAGCAUCGAACUAGCAUACAAGAAAAAAUGCAUCCAACUGAAGAAGCGACUGAAUGAAAUCGAGGCAGAAAACGAUUUGAUCCGAGCGCGCAACAAGCGCGCCCAAGUCUACGUUGCCAAGAUGCGUCUGGAAACUUGCAUUAUGCUUGAACGCCUGGCGACGGUGACGGGGAUGCUGGAUGAGGCGGCUGCGAUCUCGAAGGAUGCUGGUGGCCAUGGACAGGACGGUAGACUGGUGCUCAACUCGGAGUUGAGGGCUAAAGCGGCUGCAAUCGUGCAGAAUGCCCAGCAUCAUGCUCAUGCCAAUCCGGAGGUGAUGGAUGAUGAGACGGAGGGUAGCUCUGAAGAUCAGCCUCCUACGCCACAAGAACGACCUCUCCGAGUCAAACGCAGCCGCAAAUCGAAUAUUGCCUUUGAGGAAAUCGAAGCAGAAGCCGCAAUGCAAUACGAAGCUGCUAGCCCAGACAAGAAGGGCCAUUCUACUUCCUAUGACCAUAAUAACGAUCACCACGAACAUAAUAAUGACACCACUUCUCCGCCCGGAAUACAUAAAGAAUCAUCGGCCCUACCAAGUCUUGCCCCUGCCACACCAGCACCGGCAGAAGAGCGACGAACGUCUGGUUUUCGAGCCGUCAAUAGAAUGGAUAGCAAUCACGAAGGUCCUGUUCCGAUGGACGUUGAUGAGAGACCAUCUAAAACUGAGGGUUAA